UGUCUCCGCUCCCUGAGGGAGGCGUCGCCAUAACGCCCGCCGGGGCUGCGGUGGGCUUCCAGCAUGGGGAGCCCCUGGCACCCCGAUCCCUCGGGACACGGGCUGCGCCGGGCCCUGGCUGAGCGUCCCCGAAAGAAGCAGCGGCCGCCCCUCCCUGACCGAGGGGAGGUGAGGGGGUCCCGGUCGGGGUGAGGCCCGAGCCCCCCCGGGCUCCCAGGCCGCGGGCGCGCCGGGUGGGAGCGGGAUGAGGGUUUGUGUUCCAAAGGGCAUUUCCUAAAGCUGCUGGCCGGGCACGCGCUGCUCCUACGGUGUAGUGCGUAUUAAGCUUAUUAAUGGAGCAAGUUCUGCUUCUUCCUGCAGGGGCUUAGAAGUCAUUUAAGUCCUUACUACUACACCUGCAGACUUUUAGGCUUCUCCUGUUCCAGGAAUGGAAUUUACAUUACGUUAGCAACAGAAGGUUGUAGCUGGUAAAGCAGCUACUGGUUGUGUAACACGCUGACAGCGCUUGCUUUGCUGGCUGAUGCUGGUGGUACAUAGGCAAUUCAUUUGGAAGCUCGUCUACUAAUUAAACUUAGAUCGUAUUUCCUUUAUUUUAGACUGUCAUCCUUCUGGACAGGGUUGCAUCUGUUGUAAAAUAUAUAUUAAAAUAUAUAAAAUAUAUAAUCAAUAAAUUAUAUCUAUAUAUCUAGAUUAUAGAUACAGCUAUAUAUCUAGAUAACAUAUAGAUAUAUAUAAUCUGUAUCUCUAGAUUAUAUAGAUUAUAUAUAUCUAUACGUAGAUUAUAUCUAUAAUCUGCAUCUAUAAAAUAUCUCUAAAAUAUGUGCCUCUAUAAAUAUAUAUGUUCUGGUACUGGAUUGUCUGCCCACCAUAUGGGAGUCUUUCCCUGAAUCUUGGCUACUUGCCCAGCAUUUUGAUCAAAGUAUCUGGAAAAGCAGAUAUUGGUAUCUUUCACACGUCAGACACCGUUCAGUGUCUCAGGUUUAAUGUUCAUGCCUCAGCAGAAAUGCUGCCUUUAGAAAAGAAGAGGGUUUGUCAAGAGUUGCUGUGUUGAGUGACCUUGCUGCUGUCAGCAUCUUGGUACAUUCCCUUUAUUGUGCAUUAUUUUGAUUCAGAGUUUUAUCUUCAGGGGUGAUAGAGAGUUACUGUUUUGCCUUAUCUCUGCAGUCUCUGCUGUUGUGCAAUUUAUGCAACAUGCAAUAUGCUACACUGCCAGAAAGUAACCACCUUUCUUCCCGUGGUCAGUUGAGUCUGGGGUUUUGUACAAGGAAAUCUGUGUUGUUAGCAGGUAAAUUCAGCAGGCUGGAUUACAGCACCCUAUAAAUAUAAGGUGAAAUUUUUAUUUCCCAAAAGAGUUCAGAGUCAUUUUUCUUGCUUGUAAACUCAGUGCUCGAAGGGAUGUUGAAUCCAGGGGAAAAGGGAGGAUGCAUCUCCUCAGGCCACUGUAAAUAUCUGUGCCUUGGUACUGUAAUAAAAAAUGUGUUGCAGGCAAUAAUCACCUGUGAUAAAUUACAUUUGUAAUGUGUAAAAAUUUGUCUGUAAAACAAAAGCUGUUCAAGGAUGUUUGCAAGCACUGGAGACACGUUCUGCUCAAUGAGAUCAGAAUUUUUUUCAAACAUGACAUGGCUAAUAAAGAUUCAGAAUAACUGGAAGAGGCACCCUUCUCUUUAAAAAAAGUCCCAUCAUUUCUGUAUUUGGAGGUUAGCAGGGUUGCCUCCAGCUCCAGCAUUCCAAAGCAAGUCUUGAAGAGUCCUCACAUCUACACAUGAGUGUAGAGCCGCAUUAUAAGGUGGAAUAAAGGUCUUUAGCUCAACGGUUCCACACUGGGCAGCUGGAGCUGCAUGUCCUAUUGUGCCUUUUCUUUAGAGCUUACUCACAGCACCACAGGGAAACUUCCUUGUGGGAAUCCUGAAAGGUGAAUUUACGUUUUCCUCACCCUUCUGUUGUUCCACAGGUGCUCCCAAAGCACUGCAGUGCUAGGUGGUGGCACACGUGCCCUGGCAGAGGGUGAGAGAUGUGGUUCAGAAUGCAGGGAAUUAGGCAGUGGGUGAUGUGUGCCAAGUGCCUGUUCAGCCUUAGAGGAACUAUCAGUAUGGGCUUUCCAGUCCCCUGAAAGAUACUUCAUAGAUUUUCCCCUGAAGUUCCUCUCAAACAGUGAAACAACCAGUGACUAUUACAAAAACUCUGGGGAGUGAAUAAAGUUGUGUCUGAUCAAAAAGCUUUUUUGCUGAGAAGAAGUCCGACUUCUUGCAUGGCUCAGCAAAGAUUGCAGCAGCAUUGGAGUGUCUGUGGUGGAGACACCAGCACAGGGCAGCCAGCAGGCAGAAGCAGCAGUUCGAUCAGUGACAAUCUGUGCUAGACACACAAUUGCAGCAGAAGUUAAUGGCACUUACAACCAUAUGACUAAUGUGCUGAGUUGUCCCUAUGGGUAUGAAUAUUUCAGAGAUCACCCAUGCUGGAAUUGAGCUGUGGUUCACAAGGAACACUGGGGUCUGAAAUUCACUAUUGGCUGUUGGAUGAACAGCCCUCCCCCUGCAAGCUCACAUCGAAAGAUUAGCUGAGGACAUUAUCCUUAUGGCACCCCUCUCUUGAGAUGCUCAUUUCCACUUCCUCCUCUUUGUGAGUAAAUAGUUUGAAGGAAUCGCAUUCCUCUCUGUUGAGCCUGCUCUGUGUGAUAAAUACCAAUUAGUAGCAACAGCUAAGAACUACAACUUCUGUCCCUACCAGGGAAUAGUUGGAACUAGGCAAGAAAAAGUGAUGAUGGAAGCAGUAACAGUGUUAAACGCUGUUCACUCUUGCAGAGCUCUCUGCAGUUCCAGCUCUGCUGGAACAAGGUGUUACUGAGAAAAAGCGUGUGUUGCUUCACUUGAGAAGGGCAAACAAGGAUAACUGGGAGGCAGAGGUAGUAUUCCCUGUUUUUCCUCCUGUGGAAAAAUAGAUCUGGAGAGUUAUGAUAGUAACACGCUCAGUUCUCAGAGCUUAGUUUGCAAUAGGGCACUAUUUAUGGGCUGAGUAACAGAUUGGGGCCACAUUUGCAUAAGAAAGAUCGAUGCCGCUGUAAGUUACAUCUUGCUCUCUGCAAUACCAUAAUUACACACUUUAUGGUCUGUAAACAUCAUGCUUAAAGCCAACUGAGCCCAAGUACAUACUAACCUAUGUGUGCCUUCAUCUUACCCAUGCAUGCAAAGCCUGUUACUGGUUGAGGGCACUAUGUAGCAACAGAGUUGGAGUAAUUUUUAGAUUUAGUACAACAGUAUUAAAACUGGACUGCUGGGGUUUUGCCAAAUUCCACAGUAACCCUUAUUGCUUUUAACAAAUACCUUUGACCCAUUCAGUUGCACUGGCAGUAGCUAUUUUGUGCUCCAGCCAUGAGUUGGUGAAUUAUAAAAACGACUUACCUUUAGGGUGUUGGUGGCUUUUUUGUUCUCAGGUACAACAAUGAAAAACUUACCUGCAGAAUCGAUGUAUUCCAUGUGCUUAACUGAGUAACAGCAUGCACAUAGACACGGGGAACAGUGCCAGCACUAACAGUGACAUGGCACUGGCUUCACAUGACUUGUCUGGGAGGGGACAGGCAGCUCCUGCUUGGAAACACACCCCUAUUGCCCUUGCCUAAACCCUCAUAAAGUUUUGACAGGAGUUGUGAAAAGUGAGGAGCUGAACUCUGCUCUGAACAGACAAAAAGGACCUCUCCUAGGCUACCAUCAGCAGGUGGUGAGCAAAGAACAGGCAGCCAGAGUUCAAGGGUGCUUGAAAAGAUAUGAUAGAGACUUUGAGGAAGUCAUUAAAAGGCAGUGUCAUGUCUGUGUGAAGUCCAUUGUCAGCUUUUCUAGGAACAGGGGUUCCCCUAAAACUCUGCAGUGCUUGGUAGGACAUCAAACACCACGUCUGGUCCUGUGUCUGUCUACACAGAAAUGCGGCUGUUCAGGUGACCAGUUUAUUCCUCCUUUCUGAAACGCUGCAAGCCUCCCAAGAGGCUUCCCUCCAUCAUCAAGAUGGAAACAGACUCUGGAUAUUCCUGCACAGCUGAGCUGCAGAAGCAGGAAAAGAAGCUCUCAGAUGCCUUGAGGAUCAGUGCCUACGUCUUCAGUACAGGCCUGCUUAUCUUCACUGCCUUAGUGAACAUUGCUUCUUGGUUUAUGCAGUAUAUAACUUUAGGCAGUUUCUGGCAAACAGCAUGGUUGGAAUUCUAUGACCAUAUGGAGGGAGAUGAGUGGACAAUCUUCCUUGUUGGGGCUGCAUUGGUGCCUGCACUUGCUUUCUGGGGCUUCAAUGGAAUCCUUCUGGUGGCUGAUAUAACAGGAAAGCCAACUUUCAUUACUCGCUAUCGCAUUCAGCUGGGCAAGAAUGAUCCUGUGGACAGAAAAAAACUGUGGAAAGCCAUCUACACAGCGCUGGGUAAUCAGCUCUUUGUCUCCUUUCCCAUGCUUGUGCCCAUGUUCUACAUCAUGAAAUGGUGGGAAAACACCUUCAGCAAGGAAUUACCAACCUUCCAGUGGUUUCUUGUGGAGCUAAGCAUUUUUACUGUAGUAGAGGAAAUUCUCUUCUAUUAUACACACAGGCUUGUUCACCACCCAGUGCUGUAUAAGCACAUUCACAAGAAGCACCACGAGUGGACAGCCCCCAUCGGCGUGGUCUCCAUUUAUGCUCACCCAAUAGAGCACAUAGUCUCCAACACUCUGCCUGUCAUGACUGGCCCAAUGAUCAUGGGAUCUCAUAUUGUUUCAGUCUCAGCAUGGUUCUCCAUUGCUCUUGUAACAACAAGCAUUUCUCACUGUGGCUACCACCUGCCCCUCCUGCCAUCUCCAGAGUUCCACGAUUUCCACCACCUCAAGUUCAACCAGUGCUAUGGAGUGCUGGGAGUGCUGGAUUUUCUGCACGGCACAGACAAAAUGUUCAGACAGACCAAAGCCUUCGAGAGACACAAGGUCCUGCUCAGCUUCACACCACUCUCUGUAAGCAUCCCAGAGCCACCCAAGAAAGAUGAGUGAACCAGCCCAACAGCUCUUGCUCAGCCUGGUGAUGAGCAGAGUGAGAGACAAUGAUUUAUGCCAAAUAGUAUUUGAAUCAGGAAACAAAUUCUUGUCCACACAUAACAAAUCAUGAAGCUGAAGUUAAAUAUGCUGCUUUGGAACAACUGCACUUUGGCUGCCAUUGUUUUCUAAGACAUUCACAAAAGAACCUGCUCUAGAAAUUGAUUUUUAAAA